AUGUCACGCACCCUGACAUACGCAGACGUGGCAGCACAUACAGCGAGACACGACCUCUACGUUAUCAUCCACAGCAAAGUGUUGGACCUCAGUAAAUUUAUCGACGAACACCCUGGCGGGGAAGAGGUUUUAGUGGACCAAGGGGGCAAGGAUGCCACAGAUGCCUUCGAAGAUGUCGGUCAUAGCGCAGACGCCCGCCGGAUUUUAGACACACUGGCCAUCGGCACCUUGGACAGAAGAGUAGGCUCCCAAGAUUCCAGUGCGCUAUAG